GGUGCUAACGAGAACGUUAGCUUUGUUGGUUUAUUCUACCAACCUAUCUGUCCGACUUCUGCCGCAAGGACUGAAUCGAUAAAAAAAUACGCGUAUGUUUAAAAUGCGAGAGAACAGAUAACAAUGUAGUCGUCUGUCGGUCGUUUUAAUUUUUAGAUUUAUGUUCUUUUAGCACGUGUGUGUUCUUUUGUGUUUAGCUUUAAUAUCUGUUCAUCGCCGCACCCACCAUAUUUAUUAUUUUAUUGAGGGCUACUAAGCUAGCGUCUUUUGGGAGCUAAUCUUAGCUGUAAGUCGGACACAGGUUGUAAUGAGAUUUGAAUAGGAGGAAUUAAAAGCGUAGGCGGUGUUUUAAAUUUUAAAUUGCAGUUUUUAAUGCACACUUGCUCCCAAUUAACGCCACGCCUCAGCUUCUUGUGAUCUGUUCGCGCAUUGUAGUCAUCAUGACGGGUGAAAAGAUUCGCACCACGCGGAARGAUCACAAAAAAGCAAACAAGAAUCAGGCGAUAUUGGACGCCUACGACGAGACCUCCAACGGGACGAUCCCUAACGGUACGGGUAACCACUUUAAAUCCAACAAGGCUUUCCAUAAGUCGGUCAAACCCUCAGCCCUGCAAGAGCAGCUCAACGCAAACAACAUCAAUGGAAACACGUCAGUUGUCGCGGAAGAUAGCAACAAAAACCCAAUAAUCCUGACGAGUGAUGACCUGGAGUUCCCUGUUCAUGAGUGCGUGUUCAAAGGAGACGUGCGUCGGCUUUCCUCUCUCAUCAGGACCCACAGCAUCUCCCAGAAAGAUGUUCAUGGGAAUACACCUCUUCACCUGGCUGUGAUGUUGGGCCACAAAGUCACAGCAAUACUAAGGAAGUUGAAGCAGCAGUCAAGGGAAAGUGUGGAGGACAAGAGGCCAAAAUUACUGAAAGCCCUCAGGGAGCUUGGCGACUUUUAUCUGGAGGUGCAYUGGGACUUUCAAAGCUGGGUUCCUUUGCUCUCCAGGAUGCUGCCAUCUGAUGCCUGUAAAAUCUACAAGCAGGGCAUAAACAUCAGGCUCAACACUACCCUCAUAGACUUCAAUGAUAUGAAGUGUCAGCGUGGAGAUCUGAGCUUCAUUUUCAACGGUGACGCCCCACCCUCACAGUCCUUUGUGGUUCUGGACAACGAAGCAGAAGUGUACCAAAGAAUACACCAUGAGGAGUCAGAGAUGGAGACUGAAGAAGAAGUGGACAUCCUGAUGAGCAGUGACGUCUACUCUGCAACUCUGUCGACAAAGUCCAUCACGUUCUCUCGCAGUCAGAUAGGCUGGCUCUUCAGAGAGGAUAAAACAGAGCGGGUUGGAAACUUUCUGGCCGACUUCUACGCUGUGAACGGCCUGGUGCUCGAGUCGAGGAAGCGACGCGAGCACCUGAGCGAAGAAGACAUCUUGAGGAACAAAGCCAUCAUGGAGAGUUUGAGUAAAGGAGGCGGCAUCAGCGAGCAGAACUUCGAGCCCGCGAGGAGGCAGUCCCUCACAUCUCCAGCUCCUAAUACCAUUUCUUGGGAAGAGUACGUAACUGCAGAGCCUGGAAAGCCUCCUCAUCUUGGCCGAGAACUUGUGUGUAAAGAAAGCAAGAAGAACUUCAAAGCUACUGUAGCCAUGAGCCAGGAUUUCCCCCUAGGCAUUGAGUCGUUACUAAACGUCUUGGAAGUCGUCGCUCCGUUCAAGCACUUCAACAAACUCCGAGAGUUCGUUCAGAUGAAGCUUCCACCCGGGUUUCCAGUCAAACUAGACAUCCCCGUCUUCCCCACGAUCACAGCGACUGUCACCUUUCAGGAAUUCCGCUACGACGAAUUYGAAGAGUCUCUCUUCGACAUCCCCGCUGAGUACAAGGAAGAUCCCAGCCGCUUCCCAGACCUCUGAUCUGUCUGUCACGAACAGGAAGUGGCCGGCGGGUUUGAGAGUGUAGGCUCAUUCUAAAUCUUUUAAUUCUUCAAGAAGGGGGA